GAACAGACCACCGGCGUCCCUGAGCUGCUUGUACUCGGGGUGGCUGGCAAUCAGGUAGGGCUUGACGUUGGCGAUCAGGCGCAUGCCGUGGCUGUGGUACUCCUUGAUCCAGGCCUCGGGGUCGGGGAAGCGGAACCUGUUCCAGUGGAAGACGUUGCGGACCUUGGGCGGGGUGUGGGACACGUAGUAGCCCGAGGACAUCUGGUAGGCGGAGCAGGGGAUGUCGUGCUCCUUCAUCUUGCGGACGAGGUCGAGCAGGGCCUCGCCGGCGGGCGGGUCGUCGAGCAUGGUGUACUUGUAGCCUCCCGAGAGGUAGCCAAAGGCCCAGCGCGGCACCAGCAGCGGCUUGCCGGCCAGGACCUCGGCGUAGGUGGUGACGACGUCCUGCAGCGUCUUGCCGACGAUGGUGUACUCCUCGAGUCCGCCGUAGUCCUGGCGGUAGACCUUGUAGAAGCCCCACAUGCCGUCCAUCUCGCAGCCGACGCUGUACUCGCCGCGCGAGUGCGUGGUGGAGAAGGUGGCCACGACGCCGUCGGGCGUGGCGUUGAUGAGCAGCGGGAUGUGCUUGUACAUGGGGUCGGUGCGGUGGGCGUCGUAGCCGAAGCUGUCGGUGGCGGUCAGCUGGAACCGCCGGCCCGACAGGUCCAUGGGCGCCGCCUUCUCGCCCAGGCCCACGUGCAGCGUCUUGCGGUUGUAGCGCGUGUAGUGCGCCACGCCCUCGCCGUCGACAGCGUAGCCCCUGCCGGGGACGUCCUCGAGCAGGGGCGUGGCGUCGUCGGCCUGUCCGGCCAGCCGGACCUUGAGCAGCGGCGUCGCCCCGCUCCAGUCGACGGUGACGGUGCCGUCUCCGGCCCGGAUCGUCUUGGUCGUCUGCCCGGGCGCCUUGACUUCAACGGUGCCGGACGGCAGCUCGACCUUGGCGCGGGUGACGGACGGGUGUGGAGGGAGCGGGUGGGUUGAUGAGGUGUAUGUCGUCCGGAAGACGUUGGGCCGGACGGCCUCGAAUGUGAAGUUGAAGGGCAGGGACUUGUCAUUGCAAGUCAGGUUGACCGAGGGGGAGUCGGCCUGCUGUGAGGGCGACGCCGCCCAGGUCGAGGGGAUGAGUUCGCGUUGGACCAUUGUUGCGGUUUUGGUUCUUUUCGAGGGACGAAGAAUACAAAGUCUAACACCGUUUUUUUUUGGUUUAUGCCGCCCGGAUAAUAUUCAUCCGAUAUAAAAAAGUACCAAGACAGGGGACAUAACUAACAAAAGAAAAACAGAAACUAUGGUGGUAUGCGGCUCAAGCAGUGUUUAGUCCUGCCUUCUUUUAAGGCUUACCCCAAAAAACACUUCCCCGGAACCGGCGAGCGAGUGAGGGGCACCGGCACCCCGUAUCGGGGGGAGCGCCUGGGAACGGGAUCGGGGUAAAGGUCCCACAUGACUCGGGAGCAUGGGGGAAAAGGACAAGCCCAUUCGACAGGUCUUGCAUUGCCCUUUCAGCUCUCUCCUCCUAUAAAGUCCUUUACCGUAUACUGGUGCGAAGCAAUGGGGGAAAGAGUUCGGACCAAUCUCCCGAGGUUUUGACGUGUGUGGGGUUGCAAGGACAGUAUGUGGGGAGACAAGGCAGGGAAGUGACCCCCAAAAUGACCCCCAAAAAAUGAGGAGCAAACCGCCUGCGGCGUAGACGUAGUAUUUUGCUAACAAAGUGGGCAACCCCAAUUGGGGCUGGGACGUCAGCCGACCAACAAAAAGCCGUUUCCAACGACCCAACCCCCGUCGAGCCCCUUAUAAUAAUCCACUCGGACGGGGGGGGAUGACCAGCAUGAUAUUGCUGGUACUGCGAUGUCAUAAACGUAUCAGUACUCGCACGUGUUGGGGCCCUCGUGUCGAGACCGCUUUUUUCUCCAUUACGUACGGAGUACCUCUUUUAUUUCUUUUUGUUUUCCGUUUCUCCUGGCGAGACUUUCCCAGACCGUGUGCCUCCUCCACAGGCGUCCAGACAACGCCUAUGGAGAAGCACUAAAAUAAACCCAAAUACACAAUCCCCGUGGGGAUUUACCACCACAAUCCGUCUGCUCCGGUUUUUUUCCACAAAACCCCACACAAGGAAUUUAUUUGUGGGCAUUCGUCUUUCUGGUGUCUCGAAUGGCUUCGCUUGAAUGGGAAUGGUCUGGGGGGGGGGGUGACGUUGUGGUAGUUGUGUAAUUGGGGAAGAUGCCGAUAAGGUGCCGACAGCAUGGGUUUGGGAUCUGAACGGUUAUAAGCCGGGACGCGGCCGGGUUGUUGGCCCUUGAGAAAGUGAGGGCUGUUCCUGGGUUCUUAUCUGUUUCUUGACUUUGCAGUAGAGUAGGCCUGCAGUUGGGACAUUUCCAACGCUGUCGAGGGUGUUUGUUGCCCUUUUUGUUUCAACUUAUUUGCUUGCUGCAUUUGCAGCUAGUCACUGCUGGCCCUUAUCUAACAAGAUGGCUGAUCCCACCGCCAAAGAUUCCAUCGGGCCUGAGAGUGCCCAGAUCGAGUCGGCGUCCCAAGACAAGGCCACGGCGAUACACACAGACGAUGCGAUUCGUCCGGCGCCGAGGCUGCCCAAGGGCAUGGACAAGGCGGAGCAGUUCCUCAAGGAGGCCGGGCACAGCGUGACGGUGACGGUGGGCAGCAACCGACGGGUGGUGCGGCGCAUCGACCUGCGGCUGCUGCCGAUCCUGCUGGUGGUGUACAGCCUCCAGUCCCUGGACAAGAACACGCUGUCGUACGCGGCGGUGUUUGGGCUCAUCGAGGACGCCAAGCUGGUGGGCGACCAGUUCAGCUGGCUGGGCAGCGUCGUGUACGUGGCGCAGCUCGUGUUCCAGCCGCUGGUGGCCUACCUGCUGGUGGUGAUGCCGGUGGGCAAGUUCAUGACGGGCAUGGUGUUUUGCUGGGGCGCCAUCCUGUGCGGCAUGGCGGCCGCGCACGACUUUGGCGGGCUCCUGGGCGCCAGGCUGCUGCUGGGCAUCUUUGAGAGCACCGUGGCGCCGGCCUUUGUGGCCAUCGUGCAGAUGUGGUACCGCCGCCGCGAGCAGACCAAGCGCAACGCCGCCUGGUACGCCAUGCUGGGCAUCGUCAACAUUGUGGGCAGUCUGUUGACCUACGGCCUGGGGCACAUCCAGACCGAGGCGCUGCACUCGUACCAGAUAAUAUUUUUGUUCUGUGGCGGCCUGACGGUUGUGUGGUCUGCUGUUAUGGGCAUCUUCAUGCCCGACUCCCCCAUGACGGCCAAGUUCCUCAAGGGUGACGACAAGCUCAUCGCCGUCGAGAGACUGCGCAUGAACCAGCAGGGCAUUAGCUCGGGAGUCUGGAAGUGGGAGCACGUUUGGGAGUGCAUGAUGGACCCCAAGACCUGGCUUUGGUUCUCUACCAUGUUUAUCAUUUCCGUCCCCAGCGGUGGCAUCUCCACCUUUGGCCCCCUCAUCAUCGGCUCCUUUGGCUUCGACCGCUUCACCACCAUCCUCUUCAACAUCCCCUUUGGCGCCAUCCAAAUGGUAGCCACCCUGGGCGGCGCCUGGCUGGCCGACAAGAUCAAGAUGAAGGGCCCCGUGCUGAUGCUGCUCUGCAUCGGCCCCAUCGCCGGCUGCGCCAUCCUGCUGGCGACGACGCGCGAGGCGUCGGACCGGGCGCUGAACCUGUUUGCCUACUACAUCAUCUCCCUGUACCCGGGCAUCUCGCCGCUCAUCUACUCGUGGUCGGGCCAGAACACGGGCGGCGACACCAAGCGCAAGGUGACGACCGCCAUGAUCUUCAUCGGCUCCAACGCCGGCAACAUCGCGGGCCCCCUGCUCUUCACGCCCGAGGAGAAGCCCGGGUACAGGAGGGGUCUGAUGGCCAACCUCGUCAUGUUUGCCCUCCUCAUCGUCCUCUUCGGCCUGGGCAUGCUGCUCAUAAAGUACCUCAACAAGAAGCACGCCGCCCAGCGCGUCGCCCUCGGGAAGCCAGAGGUCGUCAUCGACUACAGCAUGGCCGACACCAGCGCGUCCAUGGGCGACGACGACCCGAUCAAUGAUGAGUCGGUGGGCGAGAGGGGUUUUGAGGACACGACGGAUCUGAAGAAUGAGGAUUUCAUCUAUGUGUACUAGAUUUCAUCUAUGUGUACUAAAGGACGGAACUUUUUUUUUUAUUUGGUUGGAGAUGCCAGAUGACUGAUUCUUUGGUCCGAGUUUUUGUUCGCGUUCGGGAUUGGGACAUGUACGUUAAAAGUCAGCCUAGAAAUUCAAGGGAUGCUUUUUUUGUUCUGUGG